AUUUCAACGGUUUUCAACUGUUUCGAAUGCGCGCUUCCCGGGGGAGUUCCGGAACGCUGUUAUAAACGGUUGGAGCGCGUCCCCGCUGUCAGUCAGGCGGUCUGUCAGAUCCCGGAGAGAGAGAGAGAGAGAGAGGCUCAGUGAAGCGGUCUGUCAGAUCCCGGAGAGAGAGAGAGAGAGAGAGGCUCAGUGAGGCGGUCUGUCAGAUCCCGGAGAGAGAGAGAGAGAGAGAGCUCAGUGAGGCGGUCUGUCAGAUCCCGGAAGAGAGAGAGAGAGAGAGAGGCUCAGUGAGGCGGUCUGUCAGAUCCCGGAGAGAGAGAGAGGCUCAGUGAGGCGGUCUGUCAGAUCCCGGAGAGAGAGAGAGACUCAGUGAGGCGGUCUGUCAGAUCCCGGAGAGAGAGAGAGGGCUAGAGUAGGGGACGAUGAUGGAAAUACCGAAGAUACCGUGGCUACUUCUCAUCGAGAUGGGGUUGUACGCCAGUUGUUUCGUUUGUGGAAUCGUCACGGCAGCUUCUCUCACUAUCACGCAGGGUAGUUUCAGUGGUCUCUGUAUGCUGUAUGGGACAGUAAAUCACAACUCGUCAUCAGACUCCAUAUUGGUCCAGACCUCCAGCGCUCCCUCUCUCUGUUACUUUGUCUCUGCUAUCUCAGUGUGUGUAGCAGUGUUCUGUUUCUCUAUGUCACUGUACUGGAUAUAUACAUGCUGCCUGGACGGAGUGGUUAACAGAGAGCGUCUAUGGCUGAACGUGACCCUGGUGGUGUGUGGAGUGUUCCUCUUCUUCCUGCUGGUGACGGGGUGUGUGUUGAAGAUAGGAAGAGACUCUCUGUGUGACUCUGUCCUACACACUGUCCCCAACAUCACCAGCUGUGAAGAGGCCCAGUCUAGGACCUGGAUCAGUCCUUACACUGGAACACAGUUCUACACUGGACUAUACAGGGCUGGGACGGCGGUGUGGGUGAACUUCUUUUUCUGGAUUCUGAUUGGCGUGCUGGUGGUGAUCCAGAGAGGUCAAGGGUCAGAGUUCAGAAUGACGGGGGCUGACCCCUUAGCCACACCCUCUGAGACAGAACCUUUCUUCCCACGCCCGGCCAAGCCCCAGUGACUCAUAACCGUCUCGCCCGUACGACCUGUUGGCUAGACACCUGUGGACGUGGGCAAACACACGAAGGCCCAGACACACACCUCGGAGACACGCACGCACACACACACACACACACACACACACAC